AUGUGGCUUAUAACAUCGUCAGUUUUGUUUGUUUUGGUAAACUUUGUAGCCGGAGGAAGGUCACCGCAUGCUGAUUACGUUGAGCAGUUGGUCAGAGCCAAUAAUUUCGGAACAAAAUUGUCAAAUAAUAUAUACGAAGAUGCUAGAUUGGAUGUGCCCGACCUCAUCCGGAAAUAUGGAUAUCCGGUAGAAUCACACAACGUGAGGACUUCGGAUGGUUACAUCCUGCAGAUGUUCCGCAUUCCUCACGGCCGGAACCUGAACAAUGUGGCCGGUGUCAAGAAACCUGUUGUGUUCCUGAUGCAUGGUCUAUUGGCUUCAUCUGCGGAUUGGGUCCUCAUGGGACCUGGCAGUGCUUUUGGAUACAUUCUAGCCGAGGAAGGAUACGACGUGUGGAUGGGCAACGCCCGCGGAAGCACCUAUUCGCGGAAACACAUCCGUUUGAAUCCCGAUUCCAAAAUCAAUAAAUCCUUCUGGCAUUUCUCUUGGGACGAAAUUGGUAAUAUAGACUUGCCGGCAAUGAUAAACUACGCUUUGACUCAUACGGGACAGCAGAAACUUCAUUAUAUUGGACAUUCUCAAGGAACAACAGUGUUCUUCGUUAUGGGCUCUCUCCAGCCCGAGUUCAACAACAAAAUAAUUUCGAUGCACGCUUUCGGUCCUGUCGCGUACAUGGCACAUAAUAAGAGUCCCUUGUUAAAUGCCAUAUCACCGCAUGCUGAAAACAUAGAGAGGAUUUUAACUCGCAUCGGCACAGGAGAGAUCUUACGUAAUACUUCGCUAUCGACUUGGGUCGGUGAGACAUUUUGUAGGGAUGGAACAGUGACCCAGCCUAUGUGCAGAAAUAUGAUAUUCCGUAUCACGGGUAGAAACGAGGAGCAAUUUAACUCUACAAUGUUGCCAGUGAUCAUGGGGCACUAUCCCGCAGGAGCAGCGGUUAGGCAGCUCGUGCAUUACGCGCAGGGCAUCGUUGAUAAAGAGUUCCGUCGCUACGACCACGGCUGGAUGAAGAACAUCCUCACAUACGGCACAAUGAGGCCACCCAGAUAUAACUUGGGAAAUAUUAAAAUUCCAACAUUUUUACACUACACGUACAAUGACCCUUUGGCUCAAGUGGAAGAUGUUACUCGUCUUCACAGAGAGCUGGGCGCGGGCAUCAAACUACUUGUACCUGAUCCGCUAUUUAACCAUAUUGAUUUCAUGUGGGCAAUUGAUGCUAAGGAAUUGUUGUACGACAGAGUGUUACAGUUAAUGCGUUCUGUUGAAGAGUAAGAAAAUUUAAUUAUAAAGAUUUCUUAAAAAUUUGUACUCUAAUUUUGAAAGUGAU